AUGUUAAGCAAUAACCAGUUCACGGUAAGCUUGCCAUUCUCAGACAGUGCUGAGAAACUUGGAUCUUCAGCGGGCUUCGUCAAGAGCAGAUUCUAUGCACUAGAACGCAAGCUUGCAAGGAAUGGGGACUUGAGAAAGCAAUACACCAAAUUCAUGAAGGAGUAUCUCGACCUUGGUCACAUGAAGGAAGUCAACCCGGAUCAGAUACCUCACCCGCAUUAUUUCUUACCGCAUCACUGCGUACUUAAACCAGAUAGUACCAGCACAAAAUUAAGGGUCGUACUCGACGCAUCAGCAAAGACCUCUACGAACGUCUCCUUGAACGACAUAUUGCAUGUGGGACCAACCGUACAAGACGAACUUUUCACAAUUUUAUUGCGAUUUCGGCUGCCGAAGUUUGCAUUCAAGGCAGACAUACAGAUGAUGUACCGCCAGAUUCGACUACAAGAAGGAGAAAGACGCUUCCAUCUAAUUUGGUGGAGAGAAGAUUCAAGCCUACCUUUAAGAUGCUACGAGCUUUGUACGGUAACCUAUGGAACUUCUUCUGCACCAUAUUUAGCGACAAGGUGCCUUGAGAAGCUCGCAUCUGAAAACGCUACAAAAUAUCCAUUGGGUUGCGAAGUCCUCAGAAGAGAUUUUUACAUGGACGACUUAAUGAGCGGUGCCAACAAUCUUACAACUGCAAAGGAAAUUCAAAGGCAAUUAGUGACCGUCCUGAAAAAAGGAGGUUUUAAACUUCGAAAAUGGAGUUCCAACCAUAACAAUCUUCUGCAAGAGAUCCCAUCUGAAGAUUUGGAGGUGCAUCUUAAUGAUGACAAUGAAGCUUCAAUAAAGACACUAGGACUGAUCUGGCUGCCAAGGUCCGACGUAUUUCAGAUUAAGGUGAAUCCAAUAGAACAGCGCCGAGCAACUAAAAGGGCAAUCGCCUCGGAAAUAGCACAGAGUUUCGAUCCACUAGGUGUAGUGGCACCGGUGAUAAUGGUCGCUCAACUGUUUCUUCAAGAGCUGUGGGCACUCAAAUAUGAUUGGGAUCCGGCUCUCCCGUUGGAGUUGCAAACACGGUGGUGCACAUAUCGGGAAGGCUUGCAAAAGCUAGACAAAGUGAAGAUCCCGAGACAUGUGUUCGCUGAAGGAGUGCCAACGUCAGUACAAAUUCACACAUUUGCGGAUGCUACGGAGAAAGCAUAUGGAGCUGCAGCAUACGUGAGAUCCACCAAGCCCGAGGGUACUGUAAUAAGCAGACUACUGUGCUCAAGGUCUCGAGUAGCUCCCAUAGCCAAGAUGACAGCAGGGAUGACAAGUCUCACAAUUCCACGGCUGGAGCUUUGCGCCGCAGUAUUAGCCGCAGAGCUGGCAUCCCGUAUAAAAGCAGAUCUCAAGAUCGAAGGAGCUACUUCCUACCUAUGGACAGAUUCGCAAAUUGUUCUUUGUUGGAUUCACGGUCAAACAGAAGUACGUCCAGCCUUUGUCGGCCGCCGAAUCGCCAGAAUUCAUGCAAUAUCAAACAAAGAUCAGUGGCGGCAUGUUAAGACCGCUAACAAUCCAGCAGAUGUUCUUUCAAGAGGAACUACCCCGGAUAAGCUUCUUGAGCACUACUUAUGGUUCUAUGGGCCAUUAUUCUUACAUGGGCGAGAAGCAUUGUGGCCUUCGUGUUUCAAGCCCAACACAAACAGGGACGAAGCUAAGGAGAAGACGGAAGAAAUCAGCUUGCCCACUGAACCAGGUCCAGAACAGGACAGUUUGGGAAGUAAAGAACAGGAGAAGGUGGAUAAGAUCGUUUGCCCGGUAAUUUCGCAGCAGGAAGAAGGCAGUUUUGUGAACAAAAUUGAACAUUCGAAUUCGUUUCAAAAGCUUCAAAGGGUGACAGCAUAUUGCUUCCGUUUCAUAAAGCUUUUAAGAAAUAAGGAUGGCAAAACCGUCCGUCCGUCCGGAUAG